UCCUCGGAAUCACCUUCUGCUUCCACACUGGUCCUGGCGCUCCCUGCUGUCAUCUGAGAUCCCGCUCAGGCUCCAGUGUUUACCCAUGCUCCGCCUGGCAACUGUCUGCAUGCUCAGGAUUACCGGAGGCCUUUCCUUUCAACGCCCGCUGUCUGGCUCGCUUCAGCCGUUUUCUUGGGGAAAUGAGGCUCCGGAGGUGUGAGCUGAGCUGAGCGGGGCUGCUAAGGGAAAGUCCUGAUUUAAGCUCCUCCAUUAUUUCCUCCCGUGCAACCACUUUGGUCUGAGUCUUUGGGGGAACUCUACUGACUGUUGUUUGGAGAGGUUUGGUUUCAGUCAAGUGACAGCUGGGAUCUGGUGGACAUCACAUGCGAUGGAUCACUCUCUGUUCAGUUGUCUGCGCAGCCCUCAUGCCCCGGCACAGGGUCUGCACCCCGCUUUCACGCAGUCAGCGUUAACGUUGCACGGUCGAACCGAUCACAUCUCCCACUCGGACUUAUCGAGCUCCUCGACCCCCUGCAGCUACCCCAGGGAGGAUGGGGCGUUUGGUGGCGUGCACCAUCGAGACCACCUGCCUCAGCAACACCUCCUCCACCCUCCGCAGCACCAGUCCGGCUGGCACUCCUCGCAGAUGCCCUUGUCAAAUGCCCAGCACAGUAUCUGCCUGCCCCCCUCUGAGGCCUCAGCUGCAGAACUGUGCUCUGGGGCUCCGAGCUUGUGCACAGCCAACUCCAGUCUCAGCAGCGGCGACACCACGGGGACAUCAUGUGCAUCUGGCAAUUACGCAAGGCGGACUCUGUCCCCGGAGGAAUCGGACAGGCAGAGCGGUAACUCGAAGAGCGAUAUGUUAGAAUCCCAGGAUGGGAGCUAUAAGUCAGACAUGAGCAGCAAGCCCAGGAAGGAGCGCACGGCCUUCACCAAGGAGCAGAUCCGAGAGCUGGAGUCGGAGUUCGCACACCACAACUAUCUGACGAGGCUCAGGCGCUACGAGAUAGCCGUCAACCUGGACCUGACAGAGAGACAAGUGAAGGUGUGGUUUCAGAACAGGAGAAUGAAAUGGAAACGGGUGAAGGGAGGCCAGCAGGGGGCGGCGGCGCGAGAGAAAGAACUGGUGAACGUGAAAAAGGGAACACUGCUGCCAUCCGAGUUUUCGGGCAUGGUGGGACUAAAACACUCGGUCGGCUCGCCUGCGAACGAGGACAGUCACGACAGCAACCAGAGCUCGGAGCCCGCUCAGCUCUGACCUCCACCCAGGGCCGGAGGCUUGCACGCCUCUCCUCACGUCUCAGGAAUCUGACCAGUUGUUCCUGCUGAGGAGGCUUCAUGACUGUCAAGCUGGAGAAGGGAGACAAAUAUUUGAUGGCUAAACAAUGCUGGUCAGACAUGUACGGCGCUCCGGGAGCGUGUCCGGAGCGGAGCCUUCCUGCAGCGGGAUAAAAGCAGACUUUGUGAACAUUCCAAAGAAACUUUGCUUUCAUGAGAUGGCUUAAGAUUUUGCACUAUCUAGAAUUUGCAUGUCAAAUUCUACUAUUCAACAAUGCAAAGGAAUACACAAAUGCAACGGUUUGUGCACAAAAAAACUGGAAUUAGCAACCAAGAACAAAACACAUCAGUAACAGAGGAAAUGAUAUUUUGCAUAAGAAGUAACGUGUAACCGAAUAGUGCAUGGAAACAUGACUCGGUUUCUGCAUUUUCCUCCCUCGAAAAAUCUAAAGGGUCACUUGCUUUAAAUAAGUUAAUGAAAAACCUGGGGGAAAAAAGUCUGAAUAAAUCUGAACCGUCACAGACAUGUCUUUUUGGAUUUAUUUCACUUCAACUUUAAACGGACAUGUCAUUUCACACUCGGUAGUGUUGGAUCUUUGUGUUAGAAGGCACUUCUGUUACCUAUUUUGCAUGAAUGACUGGUUAUUAGGUAGUUUCUCAAGUUUGGAUUUAUCUGAUUUGUGGCUUUUGCAGUUCCCUCAGAAACACAGGCGGAGCACGGAGACUGGAAUGUGUG